AUGGAAAGAAACCAGACACAGGUCACAGAAUUUCUCCUUUUGGGCCUUGGAAACCUCCACAGAUUCCGAAUUCCGAUGUUCAUAAUUUUUCUUACUGCUCACAUUAUGGCCUUAACCAGCAAUAUCCUUGUUAUCGUCUUGGUUGUGGUCAACAAGAGUCUCCACUCUCCUAUGUACUUCUUUCUCAGCCAGUUGUCCACAUGUGAACUCCUCUUCACUAGCAAUCUUGUGCCCAACAUGCUGUGGUUAAUAUUGAAAAGUGGUGGAAAAGUAUCCAUUGGCAGAUGUAUUGCUCAAUUUUUUCUGCUUGCAGUUCCGACCAUUACUCAGUGCUUGGUGCUGGCCGCUAUGUCUUUUGAUAGGUAUGUGGCCAUCUGCAAACCUUUACAUUAUACCAUCAUCAUGACUUUUGGACAUCAGCGUCAGAUAGUCAUCUCCUGCUGGUUGGUGGGCCUCACACUCUCUUUUGUACUUUAUGUUUUCUUAAAACGGUUACAAUUUUGUGACCUCAAUGUCAUCAACCAUUUUUUUUGUGACAUUCCUCCACUUGUGCAGAUUUCAUGCUCUGACACAUACUUUAUGAAGCUGCUCACUUCUCUCAUUUCUGGUUCAGUUGUUCCUUUUCCGUUCAUGUUCAUCGUCGUCACUUACAUCUUUAUCCUCAAAGCCAUCCUGAAGAUCCCGUCCACCACUGGAAGAAAGAAAGCCUUCUCUACCUGCAGUUCCCAUCUUAUUGUGGUUUGUACCUACUAUGGCACUUUGUCUACAGUCUACAUCUUGCCACCUAGAGAGAGCUCCGUAAACACCAACAAGGGUCUGUCUUUGCUUUACAUCUUGGUGACUCCAUUGUUCAAUCCUUUAGUCUACAGUUUACGGAAUCAGGAUAUAAGAGCUGCUGUUAUUAGAUCUCUCAAAAUGUUGAGUUUACAAAAACUGUAA